CGUUUUAGUUACUUUUUCCAAACCUUUGUUGAUAUUACAUAAAAGCCAGUUCUUCCGGGAAAUCUUCACGGUUAUAUGAGAAGGACGUGUUGGCAAACCUAUACCAUACUAUCUCCAAAAUCGUUUGUCUUUAUACGUUUAACUUAUCCACCAUUGGGAAGCUAAAAGACUAGAAAAGUCAGCAAUUUGAUUAGAUUUUCAACCGGCAACGUCAAAGACUCAAGUUAAAACUGGAAAGUAUCUUAAUGAAGUAUCCACCAGAUAUUCGAAAACUGGAAGGUAUCAUAAUGAAGCGAGCAUAUGGUCUGAUUGCCAAAACUAUAAUUUCCUUAGACUAGAAAAGUCAUGUAAUAUAUUGCUUUCCUGUCCAAAUAUAUUGCAUAAGUGCAAAAUUUAUCGUUUCUUGCUGUACAACUAAUUAUAUCAAUGGGUUAUUAAAAAAAUAAUGAAGAGACGACUUCAAGAGUUCAGUAAUAAAGCUAUUAAAGAAAAGCUUAUGUAUUAAACUCUCUACUCAAUAAGUAUUUACAGUUAAAGAGAAACUUGAAGCCUCUUCACCCACCAGAUUUUCGAAAACCGGAAGGUAUCAUAAUGGACCCAGCAUAUGGUCUGACUACCAAAACUAUAAUUGCCUUAGAUUAGACAAGUCAUGUAUUUUAAGGCUUCCUGUCCAAAUUUAUUGUACAAGUACAAAAUUUGUAGUGUCUUGCUGUACAGUAAUUUUAUCAAUGGGCUACGAAAUAAUCACAUGCACUGGCGUCUGAGUUUUAUUAGUCAUUCGUUUUGGCUUAAUACGAGUUGUUUUGUACUCUAUAUUUUACAAUAGUGUGGAUUAGGUUUGCCAACAAGUCUCUCUCAUGUCCCACUGAAGAUUUCAUAGAAUCAGAUAUAAGUAAUAAAAGGGAGAUAUCCUCCUUAACCAAGCUGUCCACGUAGGCAAUUUUAAUCAACCAAUUAGAGAGGGUGUUUUUGCCAUGUCAAAUAUGUGUUGAUUUUCUUGGGCUUCGACUUACCAUAAUUUUUAAAACAAUAGAACCCAACCCAUUAGAUCAUAGACAGACCCAGCCAGCGACCAAACCAUUUCGACCUCUCCCUUACGCGUCUCUCAAAUCCUAUUAACCUAAAUCGAAUCUUCGUCCCUUUGUCGAUUCUUCAUCUCCUUUGUCGAUUCCUAAUCCCUUUUGCUCUUCCUCUUCUUUGAUCCGUUUCACGAUCUGACCCUAAACAAUCAAUACAACUCCACUCCGUUCUCUCUUUACUCUCAUUUAUGGAUUCGUUUUGCUUUUCUCCUUCAGAUUUUGUUUAUAUAACUCUUAAUCCGCAUUUUCUCCUUCUUUUGUUUAUACAACUCUUGAUACGAGUCUUAUUCCGAUUAAGCUUAGUUGCAAUGAGUUCCAACGGAAGUUCCAUCUCCGAGAAACCAAAAGGCGUUGAGUCUGACUCCUCUCCCGGACCGAUCAAACCCAUCGGAACACCCCAUGUCUCAUCCAACCACUCAAUAGGCGAUCUCCACUCGAAGCGAGACAAAGGCGAAGCGUCGGUCACUUCCGGUCUGACCAAACUCAGCGGCAAAACUGCUGUCUCUUCCGGCGUCUUGAUCGGCGUACCUAUGUCGAAGAACCCCAAUGGUGCGAUCAUUCACAGCACGAAGGCUGGUGUCUCCUCAGGUGUUAGAGGCAAAUCUGCUGUCUCUUCCCGCGUCAGGGGAAAAGCUAUUGUCUCGGCCGAAGUGGUGGCUUUCAAAGAUGUGAAAUACGGACCUCAUGAUGGCGAGUUGAGGUUCCGGUUGAUCCAUUUUUGGGAAGCUCGAAAUGUUGUGUCAAAGGUGCUUAUCGGUCUCGAGAUGCUUCUCAUCGACCAAGAGGUAUAACCCAAAAUCUUGCUUACAGAUUAGUUUAGAAAUUGAAACUUAUCGUUCUAGACUUUACUUUGGCAGAGACUUUAUGAUUAGAAAAUAAUUUAUGAUUUUGGUUUCUUGGUCUCACUUUGGCAGUUUAGUUUUGCUAAUAAAAAAAGAGAACAUAUUCCAUUAAAACUUGCUAAUAAAAAAAGAGAACAUAUUCCAUUAAA